AUGGUGGAUGCAACUGUUUCCGCGGUCUUAGAACAAUUAUCUAGUUCAUCUUUAACAAAAAAGAUAGAAGGAGCAGGCGUCAACACCGAAGUACUGCACCUCAAAAACAAUCUUCGAGACAUGAAAGAAGCGGUGAUUGAUGCUGAGCAAAGACAAGUGAAGGAAGAACAUGUGAGAUUUUGGUUGGAUAAGCUGAAAUACGCAUUGUAUGAUAUGGAAGAUGAGUUUGACGAGGUGUUACGUAUGCCCAAUGACAAAGUAGGUUCCUUGAUAAAAGAAUUAAAUAGCAAACUACGCAGUAUUGCCACAGAGAAAAAUAUGAUUGGUUUUACUGUGAAUAGGAGUGUUGAGAAGCCUGAGCCAUUCCAAUGCAUAUCCUUAGUUGAUGAGUCUGAGAUGAUUGGUCAAGUUGAGCUUAAGCAAAAGCUAAUAGGUAUGUUGUGUGAGAGUCGUAGUGACAAACAAAAAGGUCCUCAUAUCAUCUCACUUGUAGGGGUGAGAGGAACUGGAAAGACAUCUCUCGCUAAAGUUGUUUAUGAAAAUGAUAAGAUAGCAAGUACAUUUGAGAAAAAAAUAUGGGUUUCUGCAUCAAAUCCUUUUGAUGAGCUCAAGAUUGCCAAAGCAAUUGUUGCAGCUUUAGAAGGUGCAAUGCCUGCAUUUGUAGAUUUAGGGUCUCUUCUACAACAUCUAUGCAAACUAAUUAUUGGAAGAAGAAUUCUUCUUGUCUUAGACGAUGUGCAAAUAGAAGAUUACAACAGGUGGAAACCCCUUCAUUAUUGUCUAGAGAAUUGUCAUUCUGAAAGUAAGAUUUUGAUCACUACACAGGAGGAGUCAAUUUCACGAAUAAUGAAGGCGGCUGACCUUCUCACUGUUAAGGAAUUAUCUGAAGAGGAAUGUCAAUCAUUGUUUAGACGGUUUGCAUUUUUCAAUAAGUUGCCGAAACAAUGUGAAGAGUUAGAACCCUUUGUUAAACAAGUUGUAGAUAAAUGCAAGGGCUUGCCUCUCGCCAUAAAAGUGAUGGGGAGUUUCUUGUGCUCUAAAAGAAGUACAUUAGAGUGGCAAAGUAUAUUAAACAGUGAGAUGUGGAAAGUUGAUGAAGAGUUUGAGAAUGGCAUUCCUUUCUUCUUGUUGAGUUAUAUCAAUUUACCUUCCAUUGUAAAAAGAUGUCUCUCAUAUUGUGCCAUCUUUCCCCAGAAUUACCUGAUAAACAAAGAUCAGUUAAUUAAAUUAUGGAUGGCACAAGGUUACCUUGGAUCAGAAAACAAUAAAGAGAUGGAACUAAUGGGUCAAGAAUUUUUUGACUACUUAGUAACACGCUCUUUUUUCCAAGAGUUUGAUAUAGACGAUGACGGUGGUAUCAUAAGUUGUAAGAUGCAUGGGAUAGCAUACAAUUUUCUCAAAUUUAUCACUAAGCAUGAAUGUUUGGCAAUGGAAGUCAAUGGUGACGAACAAUCAAGCCCAAAUCCCGAUUAUGAUCAAGACGAAGUUCGUCAAUCAAUGUUGAUGCUUAGUAAGGAAGCCUCAUUUCCCAACUCUAUACUUCGCUUUAAAAAAUUGCGCAGUCUCUUGGUUCAAAGUGGGGUAACAAACUCUUCAUCAGUGCCACAGGAAGUCUUUGAUCAACUGUUGCUCUUAAGAGCAUUAGAUAUUAGUGGAAAACUUUUAUAUCAGAGUUACCCGAGGAUUUAUGUGAGUUGUAUAAUUUACAGACCUUGGAGAUCAGUCAAUGCAUCAAUCUCAACAAAUUACCUCAGGGGAUGGAAAAGUUGA